GUUCCUGGAGAGGAGGAGAGCUCUGCCUGGCUUAUAAAAGUGGCACUGUGAGGGGAUUCUGCUGCACUGUCCAUCCAGCAGCCGAAUACACAUAACCUCAAUCUCACACACAUCUGUGUCUUCACUGGAAGUGCCAACAUGACAGACCAGUCACCCUUUGACACCGAUGUGAUCACUAUGACCCGAUUCGUGAUGGAAGAGGGCAUCAAAGCCAAAGGCACUGGAGAGAUGACCCAGCUCCUAAAUUCACUGUGCACUGCCAUCAAAGCCAUCUCAUCUGCUGUGCGCAAAGCUGGGCUUGCCAACCUAUAUGGAAUUGCUGGAUCCACUAAUGUAACAGGAGACCAAGUGAAAAAGCUGGAUGUUCUUUCAAAUGACCUAGUUGUUAACAUGCUGAAGUCCUCAUUCGGUGCCUGUGUCCUGGUAUCAGAAGAAGACCCACAUGCUCUUAUUGUGGAGGCUGAUAGGAGGGGUAAAUAUGUUGUCUGUUUUGACCCAUUGGAUGGUUCCUCUAACAUUGACUGUCUUGCAUCCAUUGGUACAAUCUUUGCCAUAUACAAAAAGACAACAGAUGGAGAACCCACUGAGAAAGAUGCCUUGCAGCCAGGACGUAAUCUCAUUGCAGCAGGAUAUGCUUUAUAUGGGAGCGCCACAAUGCUUGUCUUAGCCAGUGAAUGUGGUGUCAAUUGCUUCAUGCUGGACCCUUCAAUUGGAGAAUUCCUCUUGGUCAACAAAAAUGUGAAAAUUAAGCCAAGAGGCAAUAUCUACAGUCUUAAUGAAGGCUAUGCUAAAUACUUUGAUGCAGCGGUAACAGAGUAUCUCCAGAAGAAGAAGUUUCCAGAAGAUGGCAGUUCCCCAUAUGGAGGAAGAUAUGUUGGGUCAAUGGUGGCAGAUGUCCAUCGAACAUUGGUCUAUGGAGGAAUCUUUUUGUACCCUGCAAACGUAAAAAGCCCAAAAGGAAAGCUGAGGCUCUUGUAUGAGUGCAACCCCAUGGCAUAUAUUAUGGAAAAAGCUGGAGGCCUAGCCACCAAUGGACUGGAGAACAUUUUGGAUAUUAUCCCCGAAAACAUACAUCAAAGGAUGCCCAUAGCCCUAGGUUCUCCAGAAGAUGUUAAGGAAUACAUUGAGAUUUUCAAAAAACAUGCCAAGAAAUGAAGAGCUGCUGGACAGAACUGCUGACAAGAGGACCAAAGAAAAUAUUCCAUGUCUGCAAUAAUUCAAACAUGUUCAAGACAACAACAUUCUUACUUUUAUACACAAAGUGCCAGUGUGAUAAAGACACAUGAAUAAAUUUUUAUAUUAAGCUUGUAAGUUGUAUGUCUGUAAU